GUGCCUUAAAUGCGCAUCUUAUCAUAAAUAAAGAGAUUUCAGUAACAUGCGCCUUAUGACCGGAUCCAUCUUUUACAGUCAAAACCAGUUAUGCAGUGCAGAGUAGAAAAUAGAAAUGUUUUGCGUGUGCCUUCUCUUUACCCGUACGAUUCUUCGGGCUCUAUGAGAUAUCGAAUUUUCUUCUCAAGGUGACGAUAAACCAGAUGUUUUCAGAAGUAGAAAUGGCUCGGGAUGUGGCUAUAUGUGCCAAUCACUUGAAUGGCCAAGCGCCCCACCAUCAGAUUCUAGGCAGACUACUCAAAGAUCUAAUACACGAGAAAGCAUGCAGGGAACACGGAUUCUAUCUCGGUAUCACCGCUCUGAAAAGCAUCGGUAACAACAAGAACAACAAUGACGAGAACGAAGACAAUCAUCAAGCACACAUCCUCACAUUCCCGGUGUCUUUCACAUGCCGCACAUUCUUGCCUGCAAGAGGAGAUAUCUUGCAAGGGACUGUUAAAAAAGUGUUGUGGAACGGAGCUUUUAUCAGGUCAGGACCACUCAGAUACGCAUACCUCUCGUUCAUGAAAAUGCCGGAUUACCAUUAUGUCCACUCACCAUUGUCGGAGGACGAGAAGCCGUAUUUUCAGAAAGACGAUCUCUCAAAGAUUGCUGUUGGAGUUGUUGUGCGGUUUGGGGUGUUGGCUGUGCGGUUUAAGGAGAAGCCACACAAGAGAAGAAACGACUAUUAUGUUCUUGCGACUUUGGAACGCAACGAUUCCUUUGGUCCCAUCUCUCUUACAGGGUCGGAUGAGCCAUACAUGUAAUUUGCUGUAACCCAACCAUUAUGCCAUAGUUGAAGUCUUUAGAUACCUUUUUCGUGUUUAGUACAUUCAUAUAGGUGAACGAUGGUUUUUACUUACCAAAUCUAAUGCUUCUGCAAUACUGCAAAGAGGCUUUGAUAGAGAGACUUGUAGUUCUUGGCAGUGAUUUUUGCU